AUAUUACCCUCGGGGUCUCACACGAAGACAAUCAGGAGCAUCCCAAUACCGCCAGGGUUAAAAGAUCAUGUUGAGUUCAUCAUUGCCUCCACUCCAACACCGCCAGCCCUGUCUCAGGCUCAUCGGCGACUUCGACGUCAGACUUCCAGUUUCGCGGCGUCUGAGGUUUCCAGAUGCACGCCGCUGGCUCUAUCACAUUCCCGCGCGCGACACAUGGCACCCCAACAACUUGCUCGGCAUAUUUCUGCCGGCAUGGUCGACGUGGCUCCCGCAAGACCUGGACGCCUUCUUCGGCAGGUUCCAGCCCGAAUCCGUAGGCCGCCGGCCCUUGAUAUCUGCCAUCAACGGCGGGUACCGGCAGUUCGACUCGCAGAUCGACCCCUUCAACCUCGUGGCGAACCUCGACUUCGAGUACGCCAUGGCUCUCACCCACCCUCUCCCAGUCACAAACAUCCAGGUCGGGGAGAGGGACCUCCCGGGGCCACAACUCGGCACCAUGCUCGCCGCCUCCGACAAGUACUAUUGCGGCUCCCUCGAUUCCUCCGUCGACCCCCUCCCUCCGACGGGCAGCGUAGACGGAGGACUAGACUGCGGCACCAUCACUCCCCCCAACGUACUCUCCAUCUCAUACGCUUGGCCCGAAACCGACUACCCAACCGACUAUCUCGAGCGCCAAUGCCUCGAGUUCCUCAAGCUGGGCCUCCAGGGCGUCACCGUCAUCGUCGCGACCGGGGACGCCGGCGUCGCCUCUCACCCGGACGGCUACUGCGUCGACCCCCUCACCGGCGCAGCAUCCAACACGAUGACCAAUUCCGGCGACUUCGUCCCCAGCUGGCCAGCCACUUGCCCCUGGGUCACGGCCGUGAGGGGGACCACCCAACAAGCUUCUUCAGACGUAGACGGCGACGUCGUCGUAGCCUGGCGGAACCUGCCCUCCGCUUCUCUCAAACAACCAAGCGUCAACAACGUCUCGGAAGUAGCCUUCCGCCGGGUCCUACACAACCAGACCCGCAGCUCCGCCGGCGGCUUCAGCCGGGUGUUUCUGCGACCCGAGUACCAACAGCAGGCCGUGGCGUACAAAUUCAAUCCGACCGGACGUGCGUACCCGGAUGUUGCGGCCUUGGCGACGGGGUAUCGGGUGGUUACGUCCGGGCGGUUGAAGACGGUGCACGGCACGUCGGCUUCGGCACCGGUGGUGGCGUCGAUUAUUUCCAGGAUCAAUGAUGCACGGCUGCAUGCUGGGAGAAAGCCGGUGGGGUUUAUCAACCCGGUUUUUGUGCUGUCGCUUGGACCGACGAGCAAGCGCUACUACUCUGUCGUCAGCGCCUUCCUGUACAGAAGCAUCGCCUUCAAAGGUCCGCAGCGCACAUCGGCUAGCGGGGGACGCCCAGCAAUGCGAACGCGUCCUCGGUCGGGAUCAGCGCUCGGCCACCUCCGGCGUCUCGUCGUCUACGGCGGUCUUGAGGAACCACAGUUCAACCACCCUCCUAGUGACGAUCUGCUUGGACCGCACCUUGAAACCAUGGCGUGUGCGAAGCUUAUCGGGUCCGCGGACGACGGUGACGACCAGGUGCUGCGCGCUAUCGGCUGCUCAGGGUCACCGAAUGGGGUAGAGGGAAACUACACCGACCGCCUUGAGCUUCAAAUUAGCUGCUUGCGUCGCGACCAUCUCGCGGCCGGACGCUUCGAUCCCCACGAGGCCGCGCUCGUCUCGUCGCCACUGCUGCACAGCAUCUCGGUCCGGUACUGUGAGGACAACGGCUACAACGAGGAGGUCAUGGCGAGCUACACCGCCGAGGUCAUCAUGGCCUUGGUCGCGGGAUUGGCCUUAAACCUCCAGCAGCAUGUCCACCUUCUUGAACCUGUUGCCAACGUCGCCGUGGACAACGUCGACCAGACUUCCGGCGGACAUGCUGAGAAGUUGGGAAAGCUGAGUCGAGGUUCCCGCGGCACCCUGCAAACCUUGGAGCUCGACGGCGGCACGAUAUGGCGGAGUCGCCCAGCCGACUAUAUCCGGAUGUCAUCCGACAGUGGGAGAGAUGCACCGAUUUCUCCGCCCUACGCACUCUGCGCCUCAGCCAGAUCGUGCCGGACAGUGGCGUUUGCCCGCUUCCACGAGCGGAAUCUGACUGCGCUAACUCUGAGGUAUGAGGAUACCAAGACGGACCAAGGGGGGCUGGCCUUGGUGGUCCAGCACUGCCCGCUGCUCGAGCACCUCGCCGCCACUAUUCCCCGCUACCGCGGCGGAGCCCCCAAGGGUCACUUGUACCUCCUCAUUGGAGAGCUGGCCCGGCUCCUCCGCCUCAAGCUCCACCUCGAUGCAAGUCCCUUAGUUUCUGAGGCAUGGCUUUUUGCGCCGCAAAACAAAGGGCUUCCUCGAUGGACUCGGGCCUCACAGGCUGGGGAUGGCGGAAGAGACAACAGAGAGAACAACAACGAACAAGACGACAACGACGACAACGACCUGGACGUCCCAGUUGCCAAGACGGGCGUGCUCGCGAACAUCCCCAAGCGCGCCGUCAUCAAAGUCGUGAUCGACAGCGCCGUGGACGAGAAGCUCGCGCUAGCCAUCUUCGGUGCCGUCUCGCUCGGCAAAGAGAAGCGGCGGCGCCGGGCCAACCAGUCGUGCGGCUCGGACCGGGACCGGGCCUUCACCGCCGGCGUCGUGCCGCUCGAGGCGCUCUCCCUCCGAGUCGUGGCCGGCAACGACUGGGUCGCCGACGGUGCCGGCCAAGUGCGGAUUCUGACGCGGCCCGCCCUGCGGCCGUUGUUGUCCAACCUGGCCUGCGCGCCUGGCGCGUCAGCCGCGACCCACACGACGACCCCCGCGAGAUGAUGCGCGCGGUCGAGGUCGGCCGGGCCAGGCGCCUCCAAAAGGAUGCGGUGCUGGCGAGGAACUAGCCGGCGGACCGGCCAGGCUCGUUUGUUUUUCCAAUCCUUUUGGCGGAUAUGGCCCGAGCGGGUCAAGGGGCCCGACUGGCGCCGUGAUUGCGAGGAGCUGGCGGCUAGAGGAGUUAGGCGAUGAGCACUGAAAGGUUCAACUCAGGAAUACCUGCACCGAGAAAACACCUUUUAGCUCACUGCAGCAUUCCAAACUAUCAUAUCCAAUUGAAGUCGCGGAAAGACUCCUCCGCCGUCGUCGCUGCCCU